AUCUAUGGAGAAGGAAAGAGGCGGAAGGGGCAUCCGGAAGUGGAGAAGGGGAAACCGGAAGUCAGAGGCUGAGAAUGAGAUCCGGCGGUGCAGCGUCCAGUGAGGCUCUCCCCGGGGCUUCUGUGUCCUGAGCUCCUGUCAGAGCCGCGUACACACUGCCGGGGAAAAGCCGCAGAGAGGAAGGAACCGCAGGAGAAGUGGCCGGGCGGCGAGGCCUGUAAUGGACGGCGGGGCCUCUGCGCCUCACCCCAUGGACGGGCGCUGAUCGGGGCGACGAUGAAUGCUUGUGAUUGAGAGAAAUCGGACCGCGGACAGAUCGCCAGCACGGGGAGCUCUGUAACCCUAGAAGUGGAGUCAUGCCAUCUUGUCUGGUGAACCAAUGCCUAAGCAAGUCGGGCCGGAAAGGCCAGAGCGGAGACAUCAUUCUGCAUAAGUUUCCUAGUGAAUUACCAAGAAUAAAAUCAUGGCUGUCACAAACUGGUCAACGCUUCCAAGACCUCGAGGUUCUCGCCAACAAAGUGCUGGAAGGUGCGCAAAAAAAGGAAAAAAACUAUUUCCUGUGUUCAAAACACUUCACUGUGGACUCGUACAGAAUCACUCACUAUGGCCGGGCCUUGAAGCAGGACGCGGUGCCAUCCAUUUUUCCGUCGGUUGAGCAGGGCGAGUCCAUUAUUCAAGAGUCGCUCAGAAAAAAACGCUCUAGAAGCAAGAAAAGACGCUUAGAGAAUGAGCCCCAAUUCCAUGUCCCGUUCUAUUACGAGGUCCAGGCGGAGACUGAGUACGUGAAACCUGGAAUGGCGAGCGAGUCGACGCAAACGGAAUACAACCUGACUAACUCUGAGGUGACUUUCACUUCCAAAAAGCCUUCAACCAUUGUGUACGAGCGCAUCGGCAAAAUUAACGACGACAUUUACGAAGUGGAAAUCAAGAGUGAAAUCAAAGAGGAGGGGGAGGAUGAUGUGUAGCAUCUGCCCUGUGCGAUUUCCGUCCUUUCAUCCUCUACUCCUCGUUUGCUCUUCCAAAACGGCAUCAGGAGACCUGACUCUGUGGCCGUGCCCUUCAGAUGCAUAUGAGGGACUCUGCUCCUGACACCAUAAUUCAUCUUCUCAACGUUUCUUUGAAUGAGGAACCAGAUAUCCUGAAAGAGUCGCAGCAAACGGUCAUGGAAACCCCGAUCUGCAUAUCUGUUCAUCUUGUUCCCCGACCCGCAAACGAUUCGGCCGGAGCGCCACCCGACUCAGAAGAAGAGUUGCCGAAGACCGAAAACGAUUAGAAUUUGCAAUGCGUUUUGAUAAAUUGUUAUUAAAAAGUAAAAUGACAAAAGAAUGUGAA